AUGCAAAGCCAUCAUAAUUUACAACCUCCAAAGAAAAGAAACUUUUCAGAUAAUCAGAAUGAUGAUGGUAAUAGCAAUAACAGUAAUAAAGAACACAUUAGUAAAAAAGCAACGAAAAAAAUUUUUAGUCAAGAAGCUACUCUUCAAAUUGAGCAUAUAGUAACUGACACAUUUCAAGAAGAAUCAACAAGAGAAGUUGCACCCUCUACUAGUGAUUUAUUAAAAGAACAGAAAAUGCCUUUGGUUUUAAGACACGAGGUAAGACACCAAGUAGCAAUACCUCUAAAUUACGCAUACAUACCCAUUUCUCAACACACAAGGUUAAAUGAACCUGUUUUAGUGAGUGCUCAUACUUCUGCUGGUAAAACAGUUGUAGCGGAAUAUGCCAUUGCUCAAAGUUUAAAGAGUAAACGAAAAGUCAUAUACACUACUCCAAUCAAAACAUUAAGUAAUCAGAAAUAUAGAGAAUUACAACAUGAAUUUAAAGAUGUUGGUUUGAUGACUGGCGAUGUUACUCUUAAUCGAAACUCUAGUUGUAAAGUAAUGACAACUGAAAUAUUACGCGGUAUGUUGUAUCGAGGAAGUGAAAUGCUAGAUGAAGUAGCUUGGGUUAUAUUUGACGAAAUACAUUAUAUGCAAGAUAAAGAUCGCGGUGUUGUAUUAGAAGAAACUAUCAUAUAG